GUUGUGCUUCCUGGUUACAUGCUAGAUCGAUGCUUCACGAAUUGUAAUUUGAACGAUUUGACUUUUUAACUUACAUCGGAUUUUACGGAUGAGCUUUUUUUCGAAGGGAAGUCUUGGUACACCCAAACUUGACUGGACUUGUGAUUCGACAAAGUUUUAGUGCUCAUGGUUUCCUCGUUCUUAAGAGUUUUCGCGCCAUUUAUAGAACGUCGGAUCUGAUGAGCAAGGAUUCAUUAAGGCCUUUGCAUUUGAAUUCACCGGGUAGGAUACCAACAAUCAAGAAUUCCAACCAUGGCUGAGAGAUUUAAGGAUAACAUGAUUCAGAGUACGAGAUGUCCUUCAUGUCGAACUCCCUACACUGACCCCAAUGUCCUGUCUUGUUCUCACAUCUACUGUAAAGCCUGCGUAGACAAACUCAUUGAAAACCGUACCAAUAACCUCAGCAUCCAGUGCAUUGUUUGCCAAGGUGAGACCCUGAUGUCAGACAUACAAGAUGCCAGUAAACUACCAUCAACUCUAGCGUUUAAAAAUGUUAGGUACCAAAAAUGCAAGAAACACCCAGUAGAAGACGAGGAGUGCUUCUGCUUGAACUGUAGGAUAUUCGUUUGCUACAAAUGUGUCGUUGAAUAUCACAAAGGGGAAAGUCAUCGAAUAAUUGGAUCAGCUGACUAUGAAAGCAACCACAUCGAGAGUAUCAAAGUCUUGAGAUCGGAAGUAGACUGCAAAAGUUCUCGCUUUCAGAAGUACGUCGAUUUCAUUGAUGAAGAGAAGAGACGUGUGAGGAACGCUCAGGAACAAUGCGAAGUUGAAAUCAGCGAAGCAUAUGAUGACUUUGCCAAACAGUUGGCAGAUAGGAAAAAGGAGCUCAUUAAGGAAGCCAGGGAUAGGACUGAAGGAGUAGAGAAAGAACUUGAGGCAAUGAAGAAUUUGGCACUGCAGUAUGUCAGUCAGUUGAAAACCGAUGCUGAUAUGGUAACCAAUAGGCCAGAGGUACCAUUCGAUAUAGAUAGUUUGGCCGUACAUGAAACUCUGUGUGAAGCCUUACAGGAGACCUUGAAUGGAGAAGAUCCUGACUAUGAACUGUCAAGGAAAUCAAGUAAGAAAGGGAAAAGUACCAAGUUUGUAAAAGGCGUUGAAGAGGACAAGUUAGUUAUUGGCAACAUCAGGGAUUCACUUGGAGUUUGUUUCGCUUUGCCUGAAGAAAAUAGCAUGAAUGCUAUUGCUAGGGCACCAGAUGGUAUGAUGGCAGUGGGGUGUAUAACAGGUGGUAUAGAGAUCAUUUCUGCUGAUGGUGACCACCAAAAGUCAGUUCUCAAGGAUGUUACGAUUCGUGGAUUAGAAUACCUAUCUGAUGAUAGAUGUGUUGUACUCAAUAAUUCAAACACCAUCACAUUGUACACACCAGAGUACACAAAGAUGAAUGUAAUAUUCAAUACUCUUGGUGCUGAUGAAGGUGGCGGUGGAGACCUCACUGUUGACAGUGAUGAUCGGAUCUAUGUAAGCUACAGGAAAGCCAAGAAGAUCCAGGUAUUCUCAUCAGGAGGGACUGUAGAAGCGGAGAUACCGUGUCGUGGAUACGAACCAUAUCAAAUCAGAAGUUACAAUGAUUCACUAAUCGUUUCAUCACAGUUCUUUAAUCAAAGAGUGCGACUAAUUGAUAAGCAAGGUGUUGUGAAACAUACAUACAAAAUGUUUAUAGAAGAACUUUACCCUGCAGUAUCUCAACAGAAUAAAAUCCUGAUCGCUAAAGUGAAUCCAUAUGACGGUACGGUGAGCAUUGGUGAGUACACCAACGAGCUGAAGCGUAUUGAGAACCUCGUUGAAAAUUGUAAUAUCGAGAACCCUGCGAGACAGUGGUAUCGUCUCCAGCAGUAUCGAUCAGGAGAGCUCGCUUUCUGCACCCCUGAUAGAUUAUAUAUAUUCUACUAAAAAUGCUGGAUCAUGCAAGGUUCUUUCGUGCAUGUACAAUAUUCCAUCCAUUCCCUUCCCCUCUUAUGAGGAGGAUCAUGUAACGGGGAUUAACUUUUUCUGGCAGAAAAGGUGAUUUGUUAUUUUCGUUUUAAAUGCGUCUCGUUACUUCCAAAAAUACAAACAAAUAAACAUCGGCGCCAAUAUGGUAUCUUGCGAUAUAGAUUUGGUCGGUAUGUUUACCUAAGCUCUUGGUGGGUUAAACUGAAGUCAGUUUAAGUUGAGUUGAAAGGACAAACACUAUAUCAAUUCUACAUGUUUAGUCAUGUUCACAAAAUGUAUCAAAACAUAUAUUGAUGUUCAUAUCUUCUAUGGCUAUUUAAUUACGGAAAUAAAGGAUACACAAGCACUGAAGGUGGCGGUGUGAAAUUAAUCGACCACUUACUCCUUCGAAGUAUGUUUUUGCAUAUCAAGAAGAGAAAGGUAUGUCAUCUCUAUAUUGGAUCUGCAGAAAGAAACAGAGAGAGUGAAAAAUACACACCCCCAAACGAGAAAACAUAGACUGACAAUGAGCAUGAAGGGUAUCAUAAAUUGUAAAGAUGUUAUUUAUCUUGUAAAGAUUAUCAUUUUAUAACUCUUAUCUUUUCUCUCUAUUUGUUGGAAUUUACGAACUAGGGGGACUUUGCCCGAGGGUAGCAUCUCACUCUUUUUGUAUAUAAGUAUAGGGUUAUGUCAGGUGUUUUUUUUACCGCCACAUUUACUGUUACAAUUAUGUUGAACUGAUAUCUGCCUUUCCUUUUUAUUCAUUCGUAUUCUGUGCAUUUGCUCUUAUUUGAAUCAUUCCAAUCUUGUAAAUAUGUAAUUAGGUUGAUCAAUGUCUCAAUAAAGCUAACUAACAAAGAAAAAAGUUGUUUUAAAGAUCAUUUGACUUAAUUCCUCUUCUGGUUACUUCCAAUAACUUUGAUGCCAUCUGCUCAAUGAAAUUAAAUUUACAAUUUGUUUCCUUUAGAAAUAAAUACAUCGUAACAUUUUUUCUUCAAAUGUUACGCAGGAUAUGCUGGUUAAUUAAAUCGGACUGAGACAAUGCGAUCCUUGUACGAUUGAAUGGAACAGUUGCGAGUGUUCGUGCGAGUGAUGUGAGGUUUUAUGUUGUACAUCCUUUUUAAGAGCAGUGGCGUAACAGGCGGGGGUGGGGGCAGGGGGGCAAGCUGCCCCCCUGGCGGAUUUCACCGGAAAAAUUGAAAAAACGGGAAAAAGAGAAAAGGGAGGGAGAAAGAAAGGGAAAGAGGAAGGAAAGGGGAAAAGGAAAGGAGGAAAAGGAAAGGGAAGAGUGAAAAGAAAACGAAGAAAAUAAAUUUUCUUUUAAUGAAAAAGGAAGGAAUUAAGCGGGGAUAAGGAACGAAAUAAGAACAUUUGAGAAAGAACAAAUCAUUCCGAAAUAGGCCUAUGUAAUACAAUAGCAUAAUGGGAAAUAAAUCAAAAGAUGACAAAGUGGCAAACAAUAGCGGGAAACGAAGGUAGAAUGGAAUUAGUCAAAAGAUAAAUUGGAAAACAAAGAAAUGGGAC